AGUUCCCGGCGCAUGCGCAGAGCGGUGGCGUCUUCGUAGGGGACCGGAGAACGCUGGCGGCUCGGCGGGUCAGUCAGCAUCCAGCGGGGGCGUCGUCUUCGUCGCCGAUUUCGGAUGUAACGCGGGGGCUGCGACAACGACUUGGAAAUCCCCGCCGCCAAGGCUGGAGAAGAGGGCAUAUGCCGGGCAGGGAGUGAGAGUGGGGUGGUGGUGGCCCGCACCCGCUUUUCUUCGGGGAGUCGUCUGAAGGGAUGGCUUAGGAUCAAGAGAAAGAAGAUGUAAAUGCAUGGACAUAAAAAAAAAAUCUGAUGUAAGCUUCUUUAAUUAGGGUCCUUUCUGCAUUUAGAGGAGACUCUAAUGUCCCAAACUCAAGCCAAUUCCCUGAUAUUUUGAAAAGACACACAUUUUCUUGCUGGGAAGUCACAAAUCCAUAUAAAUGCAGUAUAUGUAUGUAAAAGAAGACUGCAAAGCGAUGGCUUUCUGUGCAAAAAUGAGAAGUUCAAAGAAAAAUGAAGUCAAGGCAGAAGUUCAGGAGCAAAUGCUGGAAAUAGUGUUCUACUUACAAGAAAAGCCUUCCCUUCCUUAUACAAGUGGCAAGUACACAGCUGAAGAACUUUGCACUGAAGCAGCAAAAAAAUGCUCUAUUUCUCCUCUGUGCCACAAUUUGUUUGCCCUCUUUGAUGAAAGUAGAAAGAUCUGGUAUGCACCAAAUCACAUCUUCUACGUUGAUGAGAAAACAUCACUCCGGGUUCAUUAUCGCAUGAGGUUUUACUUUACUAAUUGGCAUGGAACAAAUGAGAAUGAGCCAUCUGUCUGGAGGCAUUCUCCAAAGAAAAAGAGUUCUUACGAAAAGAGAUCAGUACAAGAAGGAACACCUCUCCUUGAUGCAAAUUCAUUAGAAUAUCUCUUUGCUCAGGGUCAAAAUGACUUGGUAAAAGGUCUUGCACCUCUUCGGGACGCUAAGAAUGAUCCAGAAUCACAUGAAAUUGAAAAUGAAUGUUUGGGUAUGGCUGUACUUGCAAUAUCCCACUAUGCAAUUAAAAAAAACCUGAGGUUACCAGAACUUCUCCGAGAUAUCAGCUAUAGGCGGUAUAUUCCAGAAACACUGAACAAGAAAAUUAGACAAAGGAACAUCUUAACGAGAAUACGAAUUAAUAAUGUUUUCAGGGACUUUCUCAAGGAAUUUAACAAAAAGACCAUUUCUGACAGCAGCGUUUCUCCACAUGAUCUGAAAGUGAAAUACUUAGCAACAAUGGAGACAUUGACAAAGAAUUAUGGAGCUGAAACAUUUGAGACAUCCUCACUGCUAAUUUCAUCAGAAAAUGAGAACUGUAACUUGGAUGCUUCUGAAAACAUAAUACAUUAUGAAGUGAUGGUAGCAGGCAAUCUUGGAAUCCUGUGGCGACGUAAACCAGUUAUUACACAGACUGAAAAAGAAAAACCGAAAAUUAAGAAGAAAAAAUAUGACAAAGUUGAAAAAAAUGAAGAGAAAAACAAAAGGGAGGAAUGGAUCAGUUUUUCUUACUUUCCUGAAAUAACUCAUCUUGUGAUCAAGGAAUCUGCAGUCUGCAUCUAUAAACAAGAUAACAAGAGGAUGGAGUUUAAACUGUCUUCGUGUGAAGAAGCUUUGUCGUUUUCUGCUUUGGUGGAUGGAUACUUCAGGUUGACUGCGGAUGCCCAUCACUUUCUUUGCACAGAUAUCGCACCACCUCUGAUAGAACAUAAUAUUAAAAAUGGGUGCCAUGGCCCAAUUUGCACAGAAUAUGCUAUCAAUAAGCUGAAACAGGAAGGCAAUGAAGAAGGGACGUACGUAUUGAGAUGGAGCUGUACAGACUUCAGCAACAUUCUCUUGACUGUGAUAUGUACAGAAUAUUCAGAGCACUCAAUGAAUCUUCCCAAACAGUAUAAGAACUUCCAGAUAGAAAUGAAGAAGGAUGGAUGUCUCUUGCAUGGAUCUGAUAAAUUUUUUCCAUCACUUAAAGAGUUGAUGGACCACUUAAAAGGACAGAUCCUGAGAACAGAUGAGAUAGUCUUUACUCUCAAGAGAUGCGUUCAGCCAAAACCAAGAGAAAUUUCCAAUUUGCUAGUAGCUACAAAAAAGUCCCAAGAGUGGCAGCCAGUUUGUCCUUUAGGUCAACUGAGUUUUCAUCGAAUACUUAAAGAAGAAAUAAAGCAAGGUGAACAUCUUGGCAGAGGAACAAGAACACAGAUUUACUCUGGGAUUCUUAGCUAUAAGGAUGAUGAAAGUUAUCAGGGGGAAACACAGAUAAAAGUUCUGCUGAAAGUCUUGGAUCCAAGCCACAGAGACAUUUCUCUGGCGUUUUUUGAGACAGCCAGUAUGAUGAGACAAAUAUCUCAUAGGCACAUUGUCCUGCUUCAUGGAGUUUGUGUGCGUGAUGUAGAAAACAUUAUGGUGGAAGAAUUAGUUGAGUUUGGGCCUCUGGAUCUUUUUAUGCACCGUAGGAGUGAUGCUCUUACAACACCUUGGAAAUUCAAAGUAGCUAAACAGUUGGCAAGUGCUUUGAGCUACCUGGAGGACAAAAACUUAGUACAUGGAAACGUGUGCACAAAAAAUAUACUGUUAGCAAGAGAAGGAAUCGGAAAUGAAUAUGGACCUUUCAUAAAGUUAAGUGACCCAGGAAUUCCAGUUACAGUGCUAUCUAGACAAGAAUGUGUGGAGCGCAUUCCUUGGCUGGCUCCAGAAUGUGUGGAAAAUUCCAAAAAUCUAAAUGUGGCAGCAGAUAAAUGGAGUUUUGGGACCACUUUAUGGGAAAUUUGCUACAAUGGAGAAGUACCACUUAAAGACAAAACCUUAGCAGAGAAGGAGAGAUUUUAUGAAGGUCACUUCAUUCUUCCAGCCCCAUCAUGCAAGGAGCUGGCUGACCUGAUGAAGCAGUGCAUGCACUAUGAUCCAAGUCAGAGGCCGUUCUUUAGAGCAAUUAUGCGGGAUAUCAAUAAGCUAGAAGAGCAAAAUCCUGAUAUUGUCUCUGAGAAGAAGCCAAAUGCAGAGAUUGAUCCUACAAUAUUUGAAAAGCGUUUCUUGAAGAGGAUCCGUGAUUUAGGAGAGGGCCAUUUUGGCAAAGUUGAACUCUGCAGGUAUGACCCUGAAGGUGAUAACACAGGAGAACAAGUAGCUGUAAAGUCACUGAAACCUGAUUGCGGCGGGAAUCAUAUCGCUGAUCUUAAGAAGGAAAUUGAAAUUCUAAGGAACCUUUAUCAUGAAAACAUUGUGAAAUACAAAGGAAUCUGCACCGAAGAUGGUGGUAACGGAAUUAAGCUUAUCAUGGAAUUUCUUCCUUCUGGGAGCCUGAAAGAGUAUCUCCCUCGAAACAAAAGUAAGAUCUCCCUGAAACAACAACUGAAAUAUGCUGUGCAAAUUUGCAAGGGAAUGGAUUAUCUUGGAUCUCGACAGUACGUUCAUCGAGACUUAGCAGCAAGAAAUGUUCUAGUUGAAAAUGAGCAGAGAGUAAAGAUUGGAGACUUUGGCCUGACUAAAGCCAUUGAAACUGAUAAGGAAUAUUACAAAGUGAAUGAUGAUCGAGACAGCCCUGUGUUCUGGUAUGCCCCUGAAUGCCUAUUACAGAGCAAAUUCUAUAUUGCUUCAGAUGUCUGGUCUUUUGGAGUGACCCUGUAUGAGCUUUUAACUUACUGUGAUUCUGAGUGCAGUCCAAUGGCGGAAUUCCUGAAUAUGAUUGGCCCAACGCAAGGCCAGAUGACAGUCACGCGGCUGGUACGCAUAUUAGCAGAGGGGAAGCGCUUGCCUUGUCCUAAAAACUGUCCAGAAGAGGUUAACCAACUGAUGAGAAAGUGUUGGGUACAGGACCCUGGUGAAAGGACAACUUUUCACAAUCUGAUUCAAGGCUUUGAAACACUCAUUACCAAGUUAUAAUCCAACAUUUUUAUACUGUUAUUGUUGAAUAUUUUUUAAAAGACAGCCUGUUGCUAGAUUUUUUGUAAUUUUGCAAUUCAGCAAUUCCUUUUUGCUUGGAAAUAAGAGUUUGCUACCCGGCCAACCCAAGCGGUAAAAGCAUUGGGUCACCCUUUGUGUGAUGGCCAGAACUGUUGUAUUCCAUUCAUUUAGGUUCUAACUGGUGAAAAUAGUAAUUGGCUUGCGCAACAUAUGAAUGUUAUCAGGAUUUUAAAAAGAAAAUAGAAGUUUUGUCAGAAUAAUGGCCUCGAGGUAUGCAGUGUUACAUUGCUUCUUUGUGAAAGCUUUUAAAAAUGUACAUUAUGCAAAAAUGCUAAUGCUGUUUUUGCCAGAAGAGCCAUACAAAUAUUCCUAUUCACUGAGAAGGCUUGGAUAUGCAUCUGUAACCUUCGAAUUCAGUUACUCACGUUAAUUGAGUAGGAUACUUCUGAACUCAUCUUAACAGUGGAAAAGUUUAUAUCAUAUUAUGGAUACUUGCUAUUCAUAGGAAGAAAUUACUAUAAAGCAUACUGAUGGGGAAAGCACUAGUUCUUUAUAUCCGAGCCUAUUUCUUUUUGUAUAUUGUGUAUUUGUAAACUUGUUUCCUAUAUGCUUGGUGCCACAUAGCCUCUAUCACAUGUAUAGAGCCGAGGUCUCUGCUAGUCAUUCAUCCCUAAGGCAUUGUUUGAUGUUUUCGUUUAUUUACUUCCCUUUAAAUGGAAAGCUAAGGAAAUCGUCUGUUUAAAUUUGUCAUUUUUGCUUAGGGGAAGAAUGUUGAAUUAGAAUACUUGGGCCAUGGCCAAAUGCCAAUGGUUGCUCCUUUUAUUAUCCAGGGAAAUUUCCAAAUGAAACACUCAAAUAACUUUGAUUUUUUUUUAUAUAUACAGUAGGUGUUCUGAACCUUAUCCAGAAUGCAGGAUUUUUAUAGACCUAUCUUUUAUAUGUGAGCCAAAUAAUAGGUAAAUGUAAAAGCAUUAUAUCAAUGUUGAAGUGAUACCCCUCAUGCCUGAUAAUAUUUUUAGUAAACGUCAUGAGCCAAAUCAACAAACUAAGCAGCUAGCCAGAGAAGUUACCUCUGGGUAUCUUUUAUUCUGAACUGCAACACCCCUUCUGCACAAGGGUGUUGCCAUAGAUACAGUAUGUUAUAAUACAUUAUUCAACAAUAAUGUAUGCAUUUUACCUGCAGUGUAUAAAGGAAUAGAAUUUUACAGAUUUGGAAAGCUCUUGAGCUGGAUCCAGAUUUAAUCACUAUUAAAGAAAGGCUUUUGAUUUCAUUGGUCAAUUCUAAGUAGACUUAACCCAAUCUGUUGAAUCUAAAUAAACCACCUAUAUUUUUAGUUGAAGGAAAAUGGCAAUAUGCAUGUACAUGGAAAGGAGCCAUGAUACGGGAUUUACCAGAUGGUCCUUUUGCUGUCAAUUCAGAAGUCUUUUUUAGGUU